UUUUAAUCUAAAUGGAGUCAUUUGAGGAAACACUAACACUAACCUGUUUAAAGAAUAAUUGACACAGUACAUUAAUGAACAAUAUAUGGCAAUCAUUUUCGUUGUGACAAUAUAGUUAAUACGUGAUGGAAAUGGAUACCAGAUACAGCGUUGAUGCUACGGCUAUCGUGUCAUCAAAUCUUGAUACCGGAGAAGAUAUCGAGAAUGCGCUAUCAGAAAUUCAACCGGAAAAUCAAACAGCAACAGAAAAACCUAGGAACUGUCGAUCAGACGUGACCACAUAAUACAGCUCGGUAGAUCAUGGGUGGGCGUGGGUAGUUCUGUUCGGAGGAUUCUUUAUAUCCUUUUUUGUAGUUGGAGGUCAAAAGUCGUUUGGUAUUCUGUACGUUGAGUUGUCUGAGAAGUUUCAUGUCUCCAACAAAGCUUUAUCCUUAACGCAGUCUUUGGCAGGAUUCUUACAGCAGUUUCUUGGUCCUAUUAGCGCUGCUUUAAGUAGACGAUAUUCGUAUAAAACCCUGAUAUGUUUUGGUGGACUGAUGGCUGGUGGAGGUCUAGUAUUAUCCUCGUUUGCAACCUCGUAUGAGGUUCUUUAUUUCACAUAUGGCAUUAUUACAGGUAUCGGGUACGGAAUGGCCUUUUCGCCGUCUGUUGUAAUGAUUGCUGAUUACUUCAACAAAUACAGGUCAACCGCCUCUGGGAUUUCACUCGCCGGAGGAGGAUUGGGCGGAAUGUUCUUUCCCUACCUCAUCAGAUAUCUACUGACGGAAUACGGGCUGCAUGGAGCUCUGCUUGUUUAUGGUGGUAUUAUGUGGAACAUCUGUGUCUGUGGCCUCCUCAUCCGACCGUUAAAAGAGUAUACGUCAAAAAGCAAAUCGCACGAAGAAUCGACCACCAGAAAACUAAAAAUAACCUCUAUCGUCAAUACAAUAUGUGAAAAGAUCACAAAAUUUACUAAGCAAGUAUUACUUACAAUAAAAGAAUUAGAAUGGAAUCUCUUUAAGCAACUGAAUUGCAUUCUACUAUUUUUCGCAGUGUUUUUUGGAAUGUUUGGAUAUAACAGUCUGUUUAAUAUUGUUCCUCCAUUCAUUCAUGAGAUUGGCUUGUCGACAGAAGAUGGAGCAUUUGUACUUUUUAUUUUUGGACUUACAGAUCUCAUUGGUAGAAUACUGUUCGGAUAUGCAAUGGAUGUAUUUCCGAAACACCGCCAUGAGAUGUUUGCCACAACAAUUUUGUUGUUCGGAUCGGGAAUCGUCUGUACUUCGUUACUGCGAAGAAAACUUGAACUAUGUGUUUUGAUGGGAUGUUAUGGUCUGUUCGCUGGUGGAUACAAUGGCACUCUGAUGAUCAUGGCCGUGGAGUACGUUGACCUUGAACGUUUACCUAGUACCUGGGGCUUCAUCUGCUGGUCAGCAGCUGUUGCGUUUUUGCUAAAUCCACUUGCAACAGGCGCCAUCAGAGACAGCACGGGUACCUGGACUCACGCAUUCCAAUUGUCUGGAGCAAUGUCAUUGACUGCUGUUUUAAUUUUGAUUUUUAAAUUUCUAAAAACGGCUAAGGAAAGCAGAAGUGAAGAACUCUGCUGAAAUUUAACUUUAGGUAUCAUUUUAAUUGGGUUGAUCUUCAUAUUUAAAUAAUAAUAAUAAUUCGAGGUUCUUACAUACUGCUUUAUCACAACCAAGUUCGUAGGUCGUCUCAAAGCGGUUCACAAAUUAUUAUCCGUGGUUAUAGGGAAUUUGCAACCAGCCAAUACCUUUCUCAACUUCCUCAGGAGCAUGCAGCCGGAGCUGCAAUUUCGGCGCUAACAGCUAGCAUUCAGCAAUUCUAGCACUGCCCAACCACGUACUUAU